GCCGCUGGUUCCACAUUGUCAACGUGUUAGGCGGGGUUAUGUUACUUGGUUUAGAUAAUUUAAAUAAUCAGUAUUUUCUAGUUCAUAUCAGUAAUAAUUGUAACUCCGAAAUACCUGGGUCUGAAUUACGACCGGUGCGGCCAAGAAUCAAUUCACCGAACUAAGCUUGAACAUGGUAUUCAACGUUUGCCACAAGACUUGGCACAGAAUUCGAUUCGUCGUCAACUAUCAUCGGCGAGAAGAAUGCAAGCUUGGAAUUGUCAACAGAUCUAUGCAGGCCGCCGGAGUACUGGCAGGAAUGUUUUCAAUUUUUAGUCCUUCGAAGGAUUCGUUGGAUGGUCUAGAAAUUGAAAAGUUUAUGACUGAACCAGUCAGUAAUAUGGAGAAGCUAGAGAAGCAUCGUACAAAUAUGCAGGCUAGGAUGGAGCUUCUAAUAAUGAAAAUCCAGGCAGAUUUUUGCCGGGCUUUAGAGGCGGAAGAACAGGAUGGAUCCAAGUUCAGAAUUGAUCGUUGGUUAAGAAAAGAAGGAGGUGGAGGUGUAUCGUGUAUCCUGGAGGAUGGGCAGGUCUUUGAAAAGGCUGGAGUUAAUAUUUCAGUCGUCCAUGGAAGCCUGCCGACCGAAGCUAUCAAACAAAUGAGAGCAAGAGGAAAGAAGCUCUCUGAGGGAGGUCCUCUUCCAUUCUUUGCUACUGGAAUUAGCGCCGUUAUUCAUCCACGGAAUCCUUAUGUUCCAACAAUUCACUUCAACUACCGAUACUUCGAAGUGACAAAUACUGAUGGAUCAGUUGAAUGGUGGUUUGGUGGUGGAACUGACCUCACACCAUACUAUCUAAACGAGUCUGAUGCCGUCCACUUUCACAAGGAGCUCAAGACAGCCUGUGACGUGAACAACAAGUCAUAUUAUCCAAAGUUUAAGAAGUGGUGUGACGAUUACUUCUUUAUACCUCAUCGCGGCGAGAGGCGAGGUAUCGGGGGAAUAUUUUUCGAUGAUCUCGAUGAGCCAAAUCAGGAGGAGGCAUUUCAGUUCGCGAACUCGUGUGCGGAAGCUGUUAUUCCAUCGUAUAUACCUCUGGUUCAGAAGCAUAAAAAUGACGGGUAUGGAUAUUCUGAACGCCAGUGGCAGCUUUUGAGAAGGGGUAGGUACGUUGAAUUCAACCUGGUAUAUGACAGAGGAACUAAAUUUGGGCUGCUCACUCCUGGUGCUCGAAUAGAGAGCAUACUUAUGUCAUUACCCCUAACUGCGAAAUGGCAAUACAUGCACAAGCCAGAACCAGGCUCAGAAGAAGACAAACUUAUGAGCGUUCUGAGAGAACCGAAGGACUGGUUAAAGAUUGAAGCGUAACAGACAUUGAGAGUAACAAAUAUUGUUCAGCAAGAAGAUAAUUUAUUAUACUUCAUUAUAGGAUAUUGUAUUGUUAUUUAUAGGUAUGAAAAAUAUCUAUGGGCGUAUUGUAUGGGUAUUUUGUUGUCUGAAAGGUGUAACAUACAGUCAUUCCUGUCGAUUUGACGGUUUUCGACUGUGAUAGAAAACAUAUUGAUACUUAUGAUAAGACAAGAAAAACAUGAUGGUUUUUCUUUUCACAAAAGAGAAAUUUUUACGUGUAUUAUUAUUCUUAUCAUUAUUGAUAGAAGUAGCGACUAUUGUCCGCAAGUACAUAAUAUGAUGCAUGAUUGAAAACAUUUAUUUCAAUAUAUAUUCUUCUACAUA